CUCGUGUUAGAUGCUUGAUUUUAAGAUGUAUGUCGCUACAUUCUGCUUUUCUCUGGCUCUAAACAAAUGGACAAAUGCUCCGCGCAACAAAAUAUGGUCUUUAGACAAUGAUGGGGCAUAAAUGAUACCCCAAAACUGGAAUUAUACGCCACAAAUCGACGUACAAAACAUGAAUCCAGCUCCGCCGGAUGCGAAGAACCAAAUCCUGGACCCGGAGAGAGAGCGAGCGAGAGAGCAAAGAACAAGAACGCUUCACUGACCGAAAAAUUAGGAGAGCGAAUGCGUCAAAGCGAGAGAGGAACGAUGAUGGAAGAAAAAUAAUACGGUCGCCAUUACGUUUUCGCUUGCUUGAUAAACGUGUUGUUAGGAAAAACCGAAAAAGCACCUAGAAAAAGGUGCGACAAGCGACCGAAACUAUCACCAAACGGUAGCUAUCAUUACGCACUACAAGAAAAUAGUGAAUGAUAAGUGAAAACAUUUCUCUCUUCGGACAGUGCUACGUACCGUGCUAGUGUAGUGAAAAUAGUGAUAACCCAUUAUUCGGCUUUAGCAACAUAUUAUUCAAGCUGUUUCGUGUGACCCGCGUGUGGAUGGCAGCAUCGACCAGUUCGUAAAUGCACAAAGUUUUCUUUCGGAAGCGUUGUUCCAGUCGCUAUUGCUGUUGUGUGUUACCGUGCACAACAACUACGAAGGCUGCUCUUCUAGUGCCGGUGCUGCUUUGUUUACGUACGCGCUAGGGAGCGAAAGGAUACACACGACCGAUGAAUCGUCCCUAGCGACCAAGGCAACAUACAAACAAUAUUUGUACCGGUGAAAUCAACCAGCUAAAACCCGCUUGUACAUGUGUGCGGAUACAAGCAACAAACAUAAGUUAAAACUAUUAUUCCUCAGUGAGGUCUAAAUUAUGGACAAUGAGAAUGGAUGCGAAGCUAUUACUUCAACUGAAAAACUCGCAACACAGGAAAAUAGCACACAACCCGAUUGCAUCACAAGCCCGAUGGUCGACAGCCAAAUUCCUCUAUCAACCGCAAUCGAUACAGAAGAAAUCGCAGAAGCAAUGGAAGAAGAUAAGAAAUCGUUUACACUGCGUCCGGGGGAAUAUCCAGAAGAAUGUGCCGCCAGCGACAACACGCCAUCGACGACGACGACGGUUCCAUCGAGCUCAGAAGCAAUUGCCAGUCCCGAACCGGAGAAGGCUCACGAAGAAUGUGAAUCGAAUAUCGCAGACGCGACAGAAGAUGAGUGGACGCAUAAUAAAGCACCGAAACAAUUGGAAUCUCCUGCAGAACAAACAGGUGAUGAUGAUGUGCAGCAGGAAGGCGAAAGUCCUGCCCUCAACGGAGUUGGGAAUGAGAAAUGUGUGGAACCGGACGACGAAAUGGGAGUGGAUCAAUUGCCAGCCCGACACUGUGAUGAACACCAGGAGGAGGGACAAUUCGUGCAAAGCGUUUCACAGAACGCAGAGGAGUUGUUGUCGGAUGCACCCGGGAAGCCAUCCUGCACUGAAACUGAAUCUUGUUUCAAGGAGGUCGACGAAGAGGUUUCCGGAGCGAUAAGCCCCAUUAAAGAAACUGAAGGGGAAGGUGCGGAUGCUGGUGAUUCUUCUGACUCGUUGCAUGUACGAGAACGAUCGCCGCAAAGUUGUACGAUAGAAGAGAAACAGCACGACAGCGAUAUACCGGAUAAAGUGGCUGCAGCAGAUGUACAUAGUGACAGGAAAGAUUUGUAUUUAAAUCCAGAAACCUCAUCAUUAGCAAACUUUACUCAAGCAACGAAAAAUAGUCAAGAAAACAAGGAAGCUGUAAAUAUGAAUUUGGUGACAACGUCUGAAGCUUUUGAAGCGCACGACAAAACUACCAUAGGCGUAAAAAGGGUAGAAACUAACGCAGCAACGUCAAUCGAUACAGCAGAAUCGGAGCCUACUAUUAUUACAAAAUCGCUUUCCGAUCCAGAAUGUAUGCGUAGUGAUCCAAUGGCACAGGACUUAGCGCCCAGCAAUGACGUAGUGACGGUUGCUAGUAGUGAUUGCGGUAACCAUAACAGCAUCACUCCUGGGAACACAGAACCAGUAGAUGAGUUGCCCUUACAUGGUGACAUGGCGGAAAGGAGCAGGUCAGUGUCGCCCUUGGAGGAUAGCAGCGUGCAGCGCAGCAAUCAUCCGUUGACCGAUCGGCGAAGUUCGUGUAGCAAAGAUGUGAAUAUUUUAACUAGAGAACGCGUAAGAAAUUAUACAGAUGUGCAUGAUACACUUACGAAUGGCGGAAGCUCAACAACUUUGAACGUAGCGAAUAAGAACGACUUUCAUUUCGGCGAAGCAAUGGAAAAGGAAGCAGCAAUUCUCCAAGAAUUUGUUGGGCAUACUACAGCAAAAGAAAAGAUGGCACAGCAGCUGAUCGUUACCAGUAAUUCGUUAAAACGACGUGCAUCUGAAACUCCAUUGGAAGAGGAAGUGGAACAAAGGAGGAGGCGUAUGUCCACUGAUGAUAUCCAGUCCAAGCAGAUGAAAAUGAAUGCAGAUGGAUCUUCGCUGCCACCUUCCGAUUCUGCUAGUAGAAACGAUAGUUUAGGCGUCAGCGUUGAGAACGCCUCUAGCGAACGGAACGAUGUAACAGAACUACAGAUAAGUCACUGCGAGCAUCGUGGUCGCAUGGAAACCGCAGAUAGUGAUGGAGCGGGUUUCGAGCGCCCCGAACAGGAAAAUGAAAAAUGUCAAAAGUCAGAAUCGCGCGUCCUAAGUGAAAAGCAAGAGGACGAGGAAAACAACCUUAACAGUUCAAUCGAUUUCAGCAAAUCUUCACUUUCCAUUGAGUCAUCCGUUGAUCAGGAAAUGGGACGACCAUUGACUCCACGCGUUCCAAUAGAACUGGAAGCAAUGCGGGAGGAAUGUACCGAUAAUAAGCCCGUUCCAUACACCGAAGAUAAUACGGAAAAUCAUCUUGAAGCAGCGGAUGGCAAUAGUAGUAGCAACAGUAACAGCUCCAGCUCAUCAGACAGCUCCUCGUCAUCCUCUUCGUCUUCGUCUUCUUCGUCCGAAAGUGAUAGUUCAGAUGAUGAAGCAGAAGGUGGUGAGGAAAGAGUUUUGCCUGCUAUUCAGCCAGUUCCGGUACCGGUGGGAUUGCUGGAAACGGAAGCUACCGAAAGAGUGGACGGUGGUCUCGUUCCGGAAUCAAUGCGUGAGCAAGCCCCAACUUCCGAACACGACUCUUCAGAGGAAAGCUCUAGAGAUAGCACAGCGAUGGAAGUGGACGAGUCGGCGGAGUCGGAUGACGAACGGCCGAGCAAUAAUAGGGAGGAUGAAGCAAAAAUUACCCGCAGCGAGGGUCUGAAGCUGUCCAUAUCCUUGAAACGUUCAUCCACUGUGGCAACACCAAACCGGGGUGAGGAUACGCCGAAAACAGCAACAUCGUCGUUGACCGCAUCAAUUCCCCCACCUCUGCAACCGGUCGACUUCAGCAAUAUUCUCAAAAAGGGUCUGCUGUUGAACGAAAGUAAGGAACUGAUCAAGAUCGAUUACAAUCAGGUACCGGCGAUGAAUUACUCGCAGCAAGUUGCUUCUCCCAGUGAGCCGGCGGUAACAAGACCAUCGCUGGAUCGGGUUUCAGUGCAGCAACAAUACCGGCCGCCUUGGAGCAUCGAUGGCAGCAUGAUGGCGGGAGAAAAUAUCUUAAAAAACACCUUGAUUUCGAAACAUCUAAACAGUAUUGGGCAUGUCGGCAACUCGGUUCCGCUACUGGCUGCUCCAACGGUGGACGAAUCGUCAGACACGAUGGACGAAGAUAAUCGUUUGGUCAUAGCGGAAAAGCAGCGUCGCUAUCGAAAGAAGGGUAGUAAUAAUCACCCAUCGCUAACUCCCGCGAACCAGCAACACCCAAACUUCUAUCCAUCGCAACAACAAACGCAAUUACUGCAGGUUCAUCAGCAACAGUUCUAUCCUCAUAAUCCUGAUAUGAUGCUACACAACAAAGUACAUGGCGACCAGGGGAAAAGCUUGCCAAACAGCGGUGGCAUGACGGCAGAACAGAUGCACCAAUUCAAUAGUCUAGCGUUUAGUGGCUAUCCUACGCUUCCCGGUGGUGCAUCGUUCGCUUCCGCCCCAACGAACGAAGGAAUGAAACACCUGAUCGAAACAGCGCUUCAUCAGAUGAAGUCAAACAAAGCGAAACCCAACAAUGGAAAACGGACCAGCGUAGAACGGAAGAAGAGGACUCAACAAAAAGCUGGGGUUGCUAGCAGUGUUAUUGAACAUGCAUCCUCACCACACUCGAUCGUUUCGAAGCAUUUGGCUAGUAAGUCUAAAAAAAUAAUCGAAUCCCUUCACCACCAACUCCAACCAAAACUACCCACAACACAUCCCACUACAGAGCACCCGGUUGGCCUUCAAAGUCAUAUGAUGAUACCGCCAGCGUUGGCCAGCCUCCAGCAAGUUCCUGUGGUUCCACCACCACCACCACCACCAUCAGAAAAGAAGAAAGACAAGAAGAAGGUGUUCCUCUGUUCGCCCUGUGGAACACACUACGAGAAUUGGAAUUUGUUCGUGCACAUGCGGGAGGUACAUCGCAAGCACAUUUGUCUGUACUGCUUGGGCAUCUUUCCAUCGGCUGAACGGUUGGUGAACCAUCUCGGAACGAAGCACGGCGUGAUGAAAAAGCAUCACGGCAGUUUGGAGGAAUAUGCAACUGCCUCGGACCACCAAGCGCAACAGCAACCCUUUUAUCUCAUGUGCUCCCGGUGUGAGCACAUGUUUGAAAGCACCACCAACAACUUGCUAGAAAAGGAGGAACAAAUCCGUGCGCACGACUGUGCAAACUAUCUGGAAACGUGCAGCAAUUGUGGGCAGUUGAAACAGCCCAAACAUCGGUGUGACGGGGCAGCGAACGGUACGAUACCGAGUGGCAAAAAGAAACCAUCCAAAAAGACCGCUAUCACCGGUUCGAUCGUCCAAUCGUCGAGGUACGAUUUACCACAACAAGCGUCGUUCGAUGGUUUUGACGCGAUUAGAACGAAUGGGAAUGUCAGCCACCAGGGAACCGUAGGCACACCGCCGAAAGAACCCGCCGUGUCAAAGGCAACCAGUAAGUCUUCAAGUAGGAAAAAACCACUCAACGCUGCAACACCGCAACUUCUGCACAGUUCCUUGCAGCAGGAGCAACAUCAGCCACAGCUUGGUGCUGGUAGUUCUAUACUUCAAUCGCAAUUGCUGAGGGAUGUAAAAUCUGUGCUAGAGCAGCAGACUCCAAGCUACCCUCCAGUAAGCAAUUCCGAGCUCGCAUCCCAACAUCAACCUCUCAUGAAUGGUGAUUUUUCGCAUCCGACGGAGUAUAUGGCACCACCGAUCCAUUCUUCAACUCCUGUAUCGUACGAAUCGGGUACGACUGUCGUCAGCACGCCAUUGCCAACUGUGACCCAUCAGGAAAUGGAUGAACUGCCACCGCCAGCCGCCGCCACUCCUCUAGUGCCAAAAUUGAAGGUGAAAAUACCGAUCCAGUAUCUCACGCCGAUGGAAAGUGAAGAAUCUUCCGCAUCUGAAAGUGAGGAGGACGAGGAGGAGGAAGCGGAAGAAGAAGAGGAGGAGGAGGAAGAGGAGGAAGAGGAAGCGGAGGGUGGCGACGUGGACCAUGAUGAGGUGAAUGAAGAAUCGGAAAACGUGGACCAGAAUGCGCAAAUAAAAGAAACGGAAGAGGACAACAAAGAACGCGAAGCAGUUACAGAGGGACAUGAAAUUGCUGAAAGUGGCGCGGUUCUACAGCCUAAAACAACAAGUGAGAAGCAUCUCGAAGAGGAAAUGCAACCAUCUGAUGAAGUGAAAAACGGCAGCCAACAUGAAAUCGAGCAGACCGACGGACUGCAAGGAAGUGCAGCUAUGGCAGAAGACACCGCUAUGCAGGAACCCGUUCCGAUGGAUAUCGAUGAAAGUCUUCAGAUAGAACGAAGGCGAGACGUUCCAGCAAGCAUACCGGUUGAUGCAAAGUCUCCACACGGAACGGCAGUUCCUGCUAUAGAAGAAGCAUCGUCAAGCAUAGUAGCGGCACCGGCUGAUGAAAAAGCCACACCGAACGAACAGGAGGAAAUGCCGAAUAGUUUGUCUACUUCUGCGGAACUUGAAAAAGCGAAUGAAGACGUGUUGGAAAAAGCGGACCUGAGCGGUGCUGAUUUCACUCACAGUUCGCCAAAAAGGGAGACCGAUGCUGCUAGUACGGACUGCGGUGAUGAUGGAACUGCAGAACCGGCGGCCACUACAACAGAGCCAUUAUCGAUGGCAGGUGAUGAAGUUAUAACAUCAGCCAGUAAUUGUAGUCAUACGCAACCGAACGACGUCUGUACGGCAAAGGAUCAAAUGGUAAUUGCCGACAGUGACGCUCAACUGUUCACGCUUGCGCUUGACGAACCGCUAGAUCGCAUUUCGAUUCGGGACUUUAUAAGAAUAUGUUUGCGCGAGACGGUUCCAUAUUGUCUGUACUGUAACCACGCCCGCCGCAUUGCCGUUAACGGACGUCAGCUGGUUCUCCACAUCAUCGCAAUGCACCGCUUCCAGGCUACUGUGAACAGCAUCACCGGCGAGGAGCUUUUGCCCGAAACGAUUCUACACCGCUUUCUCAACGCACUGGACGAGCUCGAGACGGAACGGGCGUACCUGAACAUGGAAACGUUCGACAAUUCCUGGGCGAUGGAGCAACGAGCGGCGGUACCGUUCGCGAAGGUGUUUGAGUGUUUCCAGUGUCGCUUCGUGACGGUGGUGCACAAGGAGCUGUAUCUGCACAAUCGCAAAAUGCACCAAAAGUCGGUACUGCUCUGUCUGAUGUGUAAAGGCAAUUUCUUCAGCUACAGCGAACUGCUCUGUCACAUGUGCCCGGGAGUGGCCAACCACACGACCGCGCUGGAUUACACCUUUCGAUGCUGCGUGUGCAACGUGGACGAGAUUCCGUCCGCCUUUCGGCUGAUGGUGCAUCUGCGCAAACGGCACUUCGCUUGUGACGUGUGCCUGGAGGAGUGUGUAGAUCAAGCCCGGCUCUCGAACCAUGUGUGGAAGCACAAGCUGCACCAUCUCUGCUACCGGUGUGGCAUCGGCUAUCGCAACAAGGCGGACAUACUGAAGCAUCUGUUCUGGAAGCACGGCACGGAGGGGGUGCUUUGCAAGCGGUGUCUGCAAAAGAAAUGGCCCCACGUGUAUCACUUCUGUGUUCCGCCGGCACAGUUCACGUGCGAGGUGUGUCCGGCAACGUUUAAUCGAUCGGUAGCGCUGAAGGUGCACCGGCGCCUGCACAGUGGCGAUGCGAAGUAUCCCUGUACGGAGGAUGGCUGUGAAAAGCGGUUCAUUUCGAAGAAACUUCUGCUAAAGCACGUUCAUCGGCACGAUGUGGAAAAGGCUGCGGUGGAAAAGAUGCACACUAACGCGUACAUGGAAGAGGGCCAUCUUUCGGGCGCUGAUGAUGGUGCGCAAGAUGCAAAGAUAGAGGAUGCGCAAUUAGCGCCCGAAUUGGAAGGAGCUUCCAACACGUCCACCUUGAAGACCGAGCCACCAGCUCCGUGCGGUGAUGAUGUGGCAGAGCUGGCCGCCACGAGCUCUACCGAUGGAAAAUGCGAUGAAGAAGCAAAUGAUCGACCUGAGCAAGAAGUGGCUGAGAAAGAUUCAAUUAAAAAGGAGGAAAUGGACGAACUGCCUGAAGCCGGAAAGGCAAAUGCUACAGAAGACAACAAAGAGCAUUUGGCGGGAGAUUUAACUGGAAAGGAGUCAGCAAAAGAUCAUGCAACCGAUGAAACAGCAGCAGCAGCAGCAGCCGCUGCAGCUACGACUGAGACGAGGGAUAUGUCAACGCCGGUGAAGAAAUCGAAGAAAAAGCGAAAGGCAAAGGACGACGAUAAGUCGGUAGUAGAUCUAAUGAACUUGCCCGCUCUGAACCUUUCCGAGAGUGACAGUAGUGAUGAUUCCGAUAAUGAAAACUCUAACGCAAGCUUCAACUCCAGACGCUGGAUGGAUGUCGCUGAAACGACGGAAGCAGGAGACCCACAGGAUGAUCCGAUGGAAUCGUCGCAAUCAUCAAAGAUGGUCGGCGGCGGUACAAGUGUUAUGUCUGGGGCAGAGCUGGACGUUGCUGAUAGCGAAAAGCCAACGAACGUUGUUGCUUCACGGUUAGAGCACGGAGAAGCAGCAAAUAUCGAUGAAGUAACGGAAGCAAAUGAAAAAUCGAAUCAAGAUCUGACGGCUUCUUCGUUGGAUCCGAUUGCAAAUAUUUGGAACAAUUUCAAGCGUUAUCAGGCGAACCAUCGGACCGCUAGUCGAAGGCAGUCCGCGGACGACGAGCAGCGACUUGAAGAUGAAUUGGUUGAGCGUAUGUUGAAAAGCACGAUUCUCCAUGUAUCUCAGUCCGAUCACGAUUACUGCAUGAUGUUUAAGCCGAUUUCGUUAGAGUCCGAGUUGGAGGCCGAACUGCUGCUCACCAAACCCCCGCAAGAGUCGCUCUUGUUGAAGGGAGGAAGUAGAGCAUUGGAAGAAAUUGCGGGAGGAGAGCCUCGCCGCUCACCCGAAACUACAGUUCCCCAAGGCUCCAAGGGGAAGCGCGAGGAGAAUCAAUCAUCGGAUAGUGAAGACAGUAGCGAUUCCGACUCGAGUUGCGAAUGUGGUUCCAACUGUAGUUGCAGUUCGAGUUCGAGUAACAGUUCCAGCUCCAGUUCGGAUGAUUCCGACAGCUCGGACAAUGAGGACGCAAGAAAAGGCAAAAAGAAGGCAACGAGUUCUACUCCAACCAAGAAGGAAGAAGAUACCAGCACCACCAUUCCUGGAGCUACAGCUGCCGAAGUUCUACCCCAAACUACCGAGGAACAGGAAGCUAUGCAAGAACAAGAACUGCUGCCACCACCAGAGCCGGUUGAUCCGGACAGUGUAAUUGUGGAUUCGGACCUACACACAGACGAGUCGGAAACGGACGAAGAAUUCUAUGACGAACAUCCACAGAAGCUGGCCAACCAGCUGCUGGCAGAAAAGCGCCGCCAACUGCUGGCCCAGACGGGUGCAUCGAGUGUCAUGAUGAACUACGGUAUGGUAGAAAACAGCCGACCGUCGACACCCUCGCUUCCACCGGAGGAAAUGGCACAGGGUAAGAAGAAGGUGAAGCCGAAGAAACGCAAGCGAGAACGAAAGUCCUCCAAACGCUUCAUGUCGCCGGCUAUGCUAGGUGCGCAGGCUGAACAGUCGGUGCCGGUCACCGCCGCUACAGUUGCACCGGCGAUGGAUGUUGUUGCAUCGUACAUACCGCAACCGACUGCUUACCAAUGGCCUGCAGGCGGUGAUCAGCCACAGAUGCAGGCAUGCAACUUUACGCCUAACGUUUUCACCGAUACAUGUUCCACGACGGCCGUCCCUGCUCCAGCGGUAGCCGCGGUUCAACAGUAUCUGCAUCAACAGCAGCAGCAGCUGGUGCCGCACGGUAUGGCACCGCUAGAGUCGCCGGUCGUGCUUCCGUCGAUUCCAGCACAAUCCAUACUGCCAACACUGGCCGCUGAAGAGGUGGGAAAAAUCGGUGCCCCGCGUCUUAGCACGGGCAACAGUUCGGAAUCGGACGCGCCGCUGAAGCGUUCACAACGUAGCAGAAAGCCGAAUAAAUUCUACGGAUACACCAGCGACGAUGAAAGUGCGGGCACUUCGCUACCUCUUCCGUCCGGCAUAACGCUAUCGACGAACCCGGAAAAAUCGAUCCUUUCGCUGAUGAAACCCACCCCACCGCCGAAUUUGGUAUGGAGCAAGGAAGAUCUGCCCUCGCCCCCGUCCAAGUCCAACAAGGCGACAGGGAGUGGCGCUGGUGGUAGCAGCAAGAUGUCCUCUUCCUCGUCAUCCGGCGUACGGCGCAGCGUGGAUCAUCUUACACCGGUAUCAUCGAGGCGAAGCUCAGGCAUUGGUAUUUCGCAGGAGGAGCUUGGCGCUGUACCGCUAGCUGCUGCACUGAUCGAACAGCAACCGAUCGUUUACCCUUUGCCACCAACAGCACCAACGCUGAUGGUGAGCACGCUGCUACCAGGGUCGGAUGCGGUGAGUACUCCAAUCGCGCAAAAUCAUCCGCCGCUACCGAAACUGAAGCUUUCGCUAGGCAAAAAGUCGUCCAUCGCUAGCGUCACACCCAAAGGUGUUAAGCAAGCUGGUACUGCUAAUAGGCGCCGCAAACAAACACCCAAAACCCCGAAAGUGAGAACACCCAAAUCUGCACCCGCGAUCGGUCCGAAUGUGCAGGCGUCGAUGACGACGAGCCUGGGUUCGGGACCACUUUCGGCGCCUCCGGUACCGCCCGGCGUCGGCGCACUGUACCAGCUACCGGCCGUGGCUGAUUCACGACCAAAAAUUCCACCAAUCGGAUCGUUCCCCAGCAUACAGACGGACCUGUUCCGACCAAACCAGAUCCGCGUCCCGGCCGGGUGGCGUGCACCGAAGGAGGGUGAAUCCGUGUACUGUUACUGCCGUGCGCCGUACGACGAGGUGUCGGAGAUGAUAGCAUGCGAUGACGAUAAUUGUCGCAUCGAAUGGUUCCACUUCGAGUGUGUCGGCAUCAUAAUGCCACCGAAGGGCAAGUGGUACUGUCCGGACUGUAAGCUAAAGCAGGUUCAUUCGGGCGCAGCGAUAACACCAUCGGAUGCUGAAGGUGAACCACAGCCCGGUGGCCAAUAUGAUGCAACGAAACAUGCACUCUUUGCUGCAGCAGCCGGUGACGAUGGCCGGGGAAUGUCUUCCUUAGCGGUGGCGGCUUCAACGAAUGGAGGUGGGCCCAGCAUAGCACAACCGUCAUCCGCCUAUAGUCAUUGGGGUCAACAGCCAUAGUUCGAAGGACGGAAUCGGGGAUGAUGGGACGGGAUAGAAAUAAACACGCUUAUUAAGUAAACACCGAUGGCUAGGCAAGCGUAUGUCGCCGAUAGGAGUAGCGAGCCAGCAGCAUGAUGCGUUGCUUCGCUGUACGUUUCAAGGGAACGCUAGGCUUAGAUUAGGCUAAGAGCUGUACUGUACGGAUUUUUGUGGUAGGGCGGUUGGCUUAUGAUACACGUAAUGACGCUAGGUGUAGCAUUUUCGGCAAAAGAUCGCUACUCGCAACAGUAAAACGGGAAGCGUUGGAGCGUUUUUCGGUUUGGUGGGACAAUGGGUCACCUCUCCCAAUAACCAGUAACCAUCAUCUUCUUCUCCUUGGGCACCCGUUUCAUGGUAGUGUGGUUUAACCCGGCACAGCAUUCAUCGUAGAUAUGUGUGCGUGCGUGCGUGUGUCUGUGUGUGUUUGUGUGGAUGUGAAGCGCGCGCGCGUUUGUGUGUGUGUGUGGUAUAGCAAUUCCUAGAAGAGUGAGAAGGUGAAAAUGGCGGUUACUUAUAUAGUGUGCACUAAACAGGGAAUACAAACACCGCCAUCAAACGAAUGGAGCGAUCGAAAUGUUAGAAGGGGGCUUCGUGCGGAGCGAUCCGGUCGUUGUUUCAACUCCCUUACAGCACUGAAGAGGUAGAAAAGGCGAUGGAUGCGAGGACGAGUCAAGGGUGAGACGAGUAUGUUUGAUCUCUGCGCACUGAUAUGUUGUAGUGAGGGAAUAAAUUUAUGAAGCCAA